AUGUCAUCGUCGGUGCUUAUAGGGAAGACUGAGGGAUGUGCCAUGGCAACCGUCGGGAGUGGAUUCCAUGGCAGUAUUGCCAGCCCACUCCCACUCCAUCAAACUCACCAUCAGUCCGACAUCAGUGACGCCAACGCUAUUCCCUUUGGUAUUCCCUUCAUCCCGACUCUUCACUUUCACAACCUUGAAACCCGAUGUCCACCGACGUUUCAACAAUCCGAAGAAAUGGCCGAAUGUCUCAUCCAUCCGAUUGACCUCAGCCUCCCGAAACGCCACGCCAACGAUUGA